UCCAGUGAUAAAGUCAGUCCUCACGACGUAACUGUCGUUAAGUAGCUAAAGGGCCAUUCGAGACUUUAGGUGCGAUCUUGCUUCGACCUCUCACAGAUGGAAGGGGACAUCCAGGGCAGAGAUCACGGCAUCCGACUGCAGAACAGUCAUCCUGGUUGCUGGUGGGGGUUCUUUCACGUCCUCGACUAUCAUUACUGGCGUCACGUUAGGAGAGCGCUUCAUGGAAAAGAGCGUCGAGGGAGAAAACGCCGCGGACAUAAGCCAUGUUGCACGACACCGAAAACAAUCUCUUUCAACUGUGAGACUGGUCAAGGGCAAGACGAAGCAGAGCAUCUACUGCGGGAACGGCCUAGCAUAGAAGCUGAUUCUCUCAACGAUGUUCCUGCGAGUAGCACCAGAGAACUACUUGCAAAAGAUGCGCGUGAGGAAAACAUCCAUCAAGAUUGGAUUUUGAGCUUUCUUCUACACCGACAUCACCGCACUGAUUCCGUCCUCAAUGAAAUAAAAGACGAAUGGAGGGAUCCUAUCAUUAUCCUUCAUGAUGGUGCCGACACUCCAAUCCCUAAAUUGCAAGACCUUUAUUCCCCGAGGACAGGGGAGGAGCUUGGCGGUGGAAAGAGAGCACCCCUUUUCGAGAGAGGUGAAGAAGUGAAGCAAAAGCUGAUGGACUUUGGGAAGGGCGAGACAAAUUUGCAGCGGCAGAACAAAGAUAAGGCCGAGAAAGAGACAGUCAAGGUAAACAUGGAUUCCCUAUCCAAUGGCUCCCAACAGCAAGAUUCACAUGCGGGCAUUGUGGAACGAUAUGACGGCCAGCAGGCUUCAAUUAGAAAAGCAAGCUUCACAAGGUCUCGAUCAUUUCCGGUGGCCGAUGCAUCAGGCGUUAGACAUUAUAGGCCAAUCACUCUUAAGCACAAGCAAAGUGAAAUGUGGUCUUUCCCAAAGGGUGAAAAGCCGACAACAAUCAGUCAGGGGCCAAAACUCACCUUAUCCAACUUGCUGCAAAAUCAUGAUCUACAAUCAGUGCAAAGCAGAGCCAUGAAGCAAGAAGAUAUGGCUUCUUCCUCAGGCAACUCCCACCCAAUUAAAGUGCACGGAUGGAAUCAGACAGUCAUGAAUCAGAUUAAACGCAUCAAGCGUAGAAUAAGGCGUGCAUUUAAAGAAGAAAGAAUAGAAAAUGCGCCAGCAGAUGCUCGCCCUGACCGAAUUUCUUCUGGAUCAAGUUCUCCUGCCAACAUGAAAGAGAUUUCUGAAAAUUCUCAGUACCAAGAUGGCGAAAACUGGACCGACGUGAGUAAGCUACACCACAUGGAAAGAACUUCCUCUAUACACGAUUCACUGGAUAGAUAUGCUCAGUUAUUCGAGAAUGCUUAUGGGAAGGAGCCUAAACUGCAUCAUUCCAAUAGCCUAAAAUUGACAAACAAAGACAGGAAUUCUUCGGGUGGACAUACGCGUAAAUCAUUCAGAAGGAGACUCUCCCUUCCGGACCCUGCAACCCUAUCUUUCCUCCUUGGUGUGGUGUCUUUAGACGCUAUUUGUUCAGACAUGCAAGUGAAGAAGGAUGGGGAUUCUUGUGUGAAAACUGGGUGUGAUUUAGGCAGCAAAUUAAAUUCUUCAGCUAUUCCUUCAAAUCCUGAUGGAAGUGCUCUAUCACAUGAUACUCCGGAGGUCAAGUUCCUUGAGGAUAUUAAAGAAGAAGAAGAAGAAGAAGAAGAAGGCGAUGAUGAUGAUGCAGAGACUAGUACUGAACUGCGCUCCAGCGCGGUUGUAGCUUUAGAUCAGAAGACUGUUGAACAUAGUGAAAAUGUUGUUGAAUCAACAGGGGAGGAUAACAGGGCCCUGCAUGAACGGGAGAUGUCUAUCACAUGGGAAGCCGUCAGUCAAGGAGAUGAACUAAGUUCAGUUUGUAGUCCCAAACCCUCUCCAAAGGUCGACCAAGCUACAGCAGGGGAGUUCUUGCCCUCAAACGGUUGCCUUCAUCUGGAGGAGCCAGGUUCUCAUGCAAACCUGCCCAGUAGCUCUGUGCCGGAAUCUUUGUCAGUAUCUUGCGAGGCUUCAAAAGAUACGGGAAAUGGGAUGAAGAACAACAUUGCAGACCAUUUCUUAAAGACUUGGCAUUUGGAUAAAAGGGAUGAGGUAGACUUUAACUACGUAAGUCACUUGCUCAACCUAUCCGGCAUCUCCGAAAGUGAGGAAUUUGAACAGUGGCAAACUGCGGAGCAACCGCUGAACCCUAAGUUAUUAGACAAUUUGGAGGACUGCGCAGCAGAUCACGAGUUAGGAUGCUCAGAUGAGGACGUCGGUGCUUGUAGCAACCACCAGCUUCUGUUCGAUUUAGUCAAUGAAGCCCUGCUUGAGAUCUUCGAGCGAUUGCCCGCUUACUUCCCAAAAGCCUUCUCCUUUACGACGAAUGUCAAACCAAUCCCGAAGGGUCAGCAUAUGCUCGAGGAGGUCUGGAAAAGAGUGAACCGGUACCGUACAAGGCCGGAGCGGGACCAGACAUUAGACGGUGUGAUCGCUCGAGAUAUGGCAAAGGGGGAUGGUUGGUUGAACCUCCAGUGGGAAGGGGAGUGCGUGGCGCUGGAAUUGGAGGAUUGGAUUCUUGAUGAUCUCUUGGAUGAAGUAUUAAGUCCUUGAGAGUUAGAGCAAGUUGGUGGGUAGAAGUAAGAUGUCGAUACAAGUCGCGAGGAUCCGGAGUCAUUCAUCAGAUGUCGAUAGAUUCGUCAAGAAUAUUUGCUCGAUUGUACUAGUGGAAUGGAGAGUUUGUUAGAUUCGCCAUUCUCUGUACUUUAUGUUUGAAUGAGUGAAUGGGGUUGAGAUCGGAGCAACUUAUUAC